AAAAAGAAGAUGAAUCGUUGGAAGCGAAGUUCCGACAAGACGGACCGCUGGUAAUUAGUCGUACCAAAGUAAAACCAUGCUUUUUAUAUCACAGGACAAAAUAGCAAAAGUAAACGAUAGCCCACCGCGAGGGUCGAACUCGCAGCCUUCAGAUUACGUCAAACGGAGCCGAUAGUCGUAAAAGUCUGACGCUCUAUCCGAUUGAGCUAGGCGGGCGCCCGAAAAGCAACCUUCCUAUUCCAACAAGACCGCCGCAGCGCUUCAAACUCCGCUUGGGAGCUCGUCGGCUGGUAUAAAGCGCGACGCGUCCUAGUAGGGGCGUUUACGUGUUUUCGGUGUUUUCUUUACUUUUACUUUGCUUUGAGCAAGCAUGCCGUUCAAGCCUAAUUCAACCGCAUCCAAGGCGCCCGCUUCCAAAGCUGCUAAAGCACCCGUGUCGUCAGCGGGACAGAAAGCAGCUAGGAAAGCACCUUCUAAAGAGGAUGGUGAUAUGAAAAAGAAGCGUAAGAAGGCAAGGAAGGAGACGUACAGCAGUUAUAUUUACAAGGUGCUGAGACAGGUCCACCCCGAUACUGGAAUAUCAAACAAGGGAAUGGGCGUUUUGAAUUCAUUCGUAAAUGACCUGUUCGAAAGGAUCGCCACCGAAGCGAGCAAGCUUGCAUCAUACACAAAGAAAUCUACCAUCUCCUCGCGCGAGAUUCAGACGGCAGUGAGGCUUAUUCUUCCUGGAGAGCUUGCAAAGCAUGCGAUUAGUGAGGGAACGAAGAGUGUCACAAAAUUCUCUGCUGCCAGGUGAGACGUACAGUCACACAAGUCACGGCAGUGAGAAGAGCGGGUCCAACCUCGGCGCAUUGAGCAUGGUAAAUGGACAGACGUGGAUCUAUUAAAUAUGUAGCAUAGCCCAUCUCGUAAAUAUUAUGCAUACCCUCAUAGUAGUAGCAGCAUAUCCAUAACAUAUAAAAUGAUUCCCGGGAACCUAGAAACCUGGAAGAUUGAAGUG